AAAACGAUUAGCAUCAGAUGCCACAAUCCCAAAAAUGUAUAGGCAUUUUAUAGACGUAAUUAGGAUUCUCUUUAACAAUUCAUGAAAUGUAAAGCAAGAAAUAGCACACUUCUUAAUCCUAAACACAAACAUCUUUCUUUCUUCCAGUAUACCAAAUCAAAAGGUUAAUAUAAGCACUAAGAAUAGUGCAUUGCUCUUGCACUCGGGGAUUCGUAUGUUGAUCAUGCUUCAUGUUAAACUAAUUUAUCUGUAUCAAUUCCCAUAAAUCAUGGAUAAAGAAAUAGUGUCGACCACUUUUAAAAAACAAAACGCGAUAAAGCUUCUCUAGGCCAUAAAAGGAGGAAUCUAAGAAAGGGAAGCAACAAAAACUACAUAAUUUUACGAUCUUUUUUAUAGUGAUUUUAGCAGCACAUUCUCAAAGUGUGUGCAUGACCUGACCUUAAUCAUUUCUUAAAUCUAAGGAUUUUAUAUUUUCAUGUCUCAUUUUACAAAAUUUUGCUACAUGCCUACUUAUAACAUUCAUAAUUAGUUUGGCACUCUUUCCUUGUUCAAAUUAGUUUCCUAACUGUCAAAAUUUAUACUACUUCAACAAAAGUUAACAUAAGACACUUAUAAAAUUCAUCUCCAAGUAUGUCACUUAUUAAAACGAAGGGAAUUAUUGUUAAUCUUAAAUCUUGAUUAGCUUCUUAUCCAAUAGUAAAGGUAAACAACAAUCUAUCUUCCCACUCCCCAAUCACUUAAAGAUGACAAAUUUUCCAUCACCACCAAAUCUUCAUUGGGUUCUGGUGAUGUUUCACUAAAGAAACACACAAGAAGCAUAAAAACAGCACUAUAGGAUAGGCCAAUGCCAUCAAACAUCUUUUGCAGUAAAGAAAUUUGACUGCUCUACCACCCUAAUUCAAAAAUGGUUUCUCUAUGCAAAAAUAAUCAAUGCCUAAUUGCAAGUGAAAUGGCCCACCAAAUUCAGCUACUACCAAGUUUAUAUAUCCUCUUCAGCAGCCACCUAUCUUGUUACUAAUAAUUUAAGCUGUCUAUAUAGUAUCUCUCUUUCUGCUAUUAUUUGAUCAUCAUCAUCAUCAUCAUCAUCUCAUUCCCCAAAUCUCACCACCCUGUUUUAUUACCACACUCUUCUGCUUCACUCAAACCUUCCACAAACCUCUUCUUUUUAAUACUCCAAAUCCAUAAGUUGUUGCUCAAUAUGCUGGGAAAUUCAGUAAAUUUGAGCACAUUUUGGGAAAAUUUAUGAGAUUUGCUCACUAUCGAUUGUAGUUUAGCCUCUUAAUUGGCUUUAUGCUAAACUAAAGUGUUUAUAAAUUACUAUAAUUCUCAGAAAAAACAGGUAAUACAGCAAACAAGAAGAAAAACUGAAAUUGAAUCGUCCAAUCGAAAAUGAGGAAGAUACCUUCUAUAGUAGCAAGAGCAGCAAUGGCGGUUGCGGAAUUCGAUUCACAAUCACACUCACACAUAUCCCCAUCGCCGCCGCCUGUAUCGCAUCUGGAGAGAUGCGACGCCAAAAAUUGCCCGUGGUGGCCGUACUCGAGCUCCAAGGAAUUCAAGGCGAACACGGCGCUGAUCAUCGCCGUCCUCUUCUGCGCGCUGGCGUUCAACGCCGGCAUCCGCUACAUCGUGCGACUGUAUUGCGGAGAACGGCGCAGCGGCGCGGAGGAAGAGAUUCGAGUUCUGAGCUACUCGGAGGGGAUGAAGCUGGGCGGGGAGGAGACGGAGUGCAUUAUCUGUUUGGGUGAUUUCGCGGUAGGGGAGAAGAUCGAGUUCUCGAUAAAUGUAAGCAUGGAUUCUACCUCAAUUGGAUUGAGAGAUGGCUCAUUUCGCACUCCUCCUCCCUAGACAUGCACAAAUCGAAUCGGGCCGCCUGUUAAUCGGUGGUUCGGAACCGGAACCGGAACCUGUUCGGCGGUUCAAGCGGGCCGGUUCAGGUUCAAAAAAGCGUGAACCGUAACCGGCGGUUAAAACCAUUAUUACUCACCCCAUUCUUGUGUUAAUAAGGAUUUCCUAUAAAUAUCCAACUUCUCCCAUCAUUUUUACUCACUCCAUUCUUGUGUUAACAAGGAUUUCCUUCUCAAUCUCAAUUUAUCUAUUCUCUAUCCUCAUUCUCUCUAAUUGCUCAAGUUGUUUACUACUAUAUUUGUUAUUG